AUGGCUAGUGAGGAAGGUAAAGACGUGGCCGAGCUUAAGGCGACUCUAAAGAGCUGCAAUUUGAACGGCAAUGACGCGGAUGACUUUGCCGACUUCGAGGCUACUCUUGCGAAGAUCGAUAGCAUAUUGAAUAACGAAUCACCUACCGACGAUUCAGAGGCGGCAAAAGGAGCAGAUGGCAAGACCAAAGAAAAGGUCAACUUUGACAACUUGGAUGUCGAUAAGGUGCGUCUUAAAGUUCGCGAAAAUCGCACUGUGAUUAAUAGGAAAUCUAUGGAGGAGGACAAUGAGAAGCAGGCCAAGGCCAUGAACCAGCAGACCUUCAUGGAGCAGGUGGAGAAAGAUGCAAAUGAUCGAGCAGAGGCUCGUGCCAAGGCCGAAUACGAGGCAGAGGUCCAGAGAACCCAGGGAAACGAAGCGUUUCGUAACCAAAAGUACGAGAAGGCAGUUCUACACUACGGCAAGGCGAUAAUAAAGAUCAAAGAUAGCGCUAUUACAUAUAACAAUCGCGCCUUGUGCUAUAUCAAGCUCCGAAACUACAAACGCGCCCUUCAGGACUGCCAGUACGUGCUGGAGAAGCUGCAGAAGACAAAUCUACGUGCCUGGCUAUACCAGGCCAAUGCCUACAAGUGCCUAAAACAAGACGACAAGUUCGAAGAGAUGGUGGCCAAGGCACGUGAGCAUAAUCCCAACCAGCUGGCCUACAUUGACAAGUACAUCAAGCAGUUGGAAGCCGAAGUUUAAUUAUAAUUAGUUAUUUAAUCAUAUUAUACUCACUCAGCAUAAGCAUCACG